AUGACGUUCUCCGUCAUCAGAAUUCUUGCUUUGGCAUGUGCCAUUAGCAGCAGCGUCGCCCAACCUAGUCGAUGGGACCGUACGAAACCUGACACCGGUGCCUUGGUCGUCGAUGCCUCUGGAAAAUGGGAGGGUAGUUUCAGAAACAUCAGCUCUGCGGUCGCGGCUUUGAAAAAUGAUACUGCUGAGCAAAAGAUCUUCAUCUUUGGUGGCGUAUAUGAGGAACAAGUGCACUUUCCUAAACGAUCAGGACUUUUGACCGUGCAGGGAGAGACAAAGGAUGCUCGAGGCUACCAAAACAACCUCGUCACCAUAACCGGCAACCUCUCCCGCCAAAACCCAGCCCUAACAACAAACGACCAGACCGCCACCGUUCGUCUCCAGCAAUCCGACGUGAAAUUCUACAACCUCAUCAUCAGCAACACCUUUGGACAAUCCAACAGGAACGGGCAAGCCCUCGCCCUCAGCGCCCAAAACACAAACCAGGGCUUCUACGCCUGCAGAUUUACUGGCUACCAGGACACCAUCUACGCCAACUCUGGCCGCCAAAUCUACGCAAAGAGCUACAUCAACGGCGCUGUCGACUUCAUCUUCGGAUCGCGCGCAAUUGCUUGGUUCGAGAAGUGCGAUAUUGAGAGUAUCGGGCCGGGCUAUAUUACCGCGAACGGACGAGACUUCGAGGAGAACACUAGUUACUAUGUGUUGAAUGAGUGCAAGGUUGGCGGGACAAGUGGGCCGAAUUCGACGGUUCUGGGCCGUCCGUGGAGGCCCUUCGCUCGGACUGUGUUUCAGAAGUGUGAGUUGAGCGAUGUGGUCAAGCCGGAGGGAUGGAGACGUUGGAAUGAUACUGCCCCUAUUGAAAAUGUGUUCUACCGCGAGUUUCAGAACACGGGGCCAGGUGCUAAUGUGUCAGCGAGAGUGGACUGGGCUGGCCAGUUGGAUAAGGCGAUCGCGGUUGAGGAAUUGCUUGGCCAGGGAUUCAGAGAGGAGAGCUGGGUUGAUGUGGCUUACUUGGCUUAG